GACGCGGCGCCGCGCCCCGGAGGUGUCGUCAGGGCGGCGGCGAUGGCGGCGGCGGCAGCGGCGGGGGGGGCCGCUCCGCGCGCGGCGGGGAGAGGGCUGCGGGGUUGGCUGCGCUCCGCCUACCGCUUCGCCACCGACAGGAACGACUUUCGGAGGAACCUGCUGGUGAACCUGGGGCUCUUUGCUGCCGGAGUCUGGGUGGCCCGGAACCUGACGGACAUCGACCUGAUGGCCCCACAGCCCAGCCCGUAACGGCGGGAAGAAACAGGGAGAAGACCUUGCUCUUCCCACAGAUGAGGACCAGGGAGGAUGCGUUUCACUGUUCCAACAUGUUCACGGGAGCACGUUCUGUUCUCCUGAAGCUGCUACUCACCCUUCAAUGCUCUCUUAUUUAAAGCAGUGACAAGGUGGGGGGGAAAAGCUUUUAAAUGUGAGAGGGAGAACUUAUUUUCAGUUUGUUCUGCAAGGCACAUUGGGAAUAGUUUUCUCAAGGAUGUGAAGCCAUUGUGCAUGGAAUUUUCUUCUGUACCCCCAUCCAUGUGUUUAAUAAAAUACAUAGAGUAAUGACAUAAUCUACUG